GAGGAGGAACUGGGGAUGUGUAUAUUACGCACCUGUCGCACCAUGCGUGUUUUAGCGUCAUUUCUCAGUUACCGCUUUUAGCACAAUACCCAUUGUUGGCGGGUGGAGGUAUGAAAGUUAAAAAACACUUCGUUGGACUCUGGUCUUUCAGCGUAUUGACUACAAAGUGAACGCUCCUUAAAAUCCCGACGCUUUCUCCUUCGAGUCCGGUGGUGAUCGGUGAACUUCCAACAAAGAGUAGUGACGGAGAAGUCGUCAAUGGCGUCUCCUCCACCGUCUCCCUGUUCCUCUUCUUACUCUACUUCGUUCUCUUCAUCGCCAUUCUCAUCUCUCCCGGUCAUGGCUUUCAGAGAUAAGAUCGUCGAGAAAAUACUAGAGAAUCGUGUAACAUUGAUUGUUGGCGAUACUGGUUGUGGGAAAAGCUCGCAAGUUCCACAGUUUCUCCUGGACGAAGGUAUACACCCCAUAUUAUGUACGCAACCUCGAAGGUUUGCAGUUGUAGCAGUUGCUAAAAUGGUAGCAAAAGCUCGGAAUUGUGAUGUGGGAGGCGAGGUUGGAUAUCACAUUGGUCACUCAAAGGUUGCUUCGGCAAGCUCCAAAAUUGUAUUUAAAACUGCUGGAGUUUUAUUGGAUGAAAUGCAAGAUAAGGGGGUAGCUGCACUUAAAUAUAAGGUUAUCAUUCUUGAUGAAGUACAUGAAAGAUCUGUGGAAUCUGAUCUUGUUCUUGCAUGUGUUAAGCAGUUUGUGCUGAAAAACCAUGAUUUAAGGGUGGUAUUGAUGUCUGCCACAGCAGAUAUUUCAAGAUACAGGGAUUACUUCAAGGAUCUUGGUCGAGCUGAAAGGGUAGAAGUGCUUGCAAUCCCAAGUCCCAACCAACAAACAAUUUUCCAACGAAAAGUUUUAUAUCUUGAACAGGUUGCUGAACUUCUUGGAGAAAGUGCAGAUUCCUUGCCAGCCAAAUACUGUUCUGGCCCCAGCCCCUGCUCUUCUGAUGCUAUUAUCCAGCCUGUAGUGCACAACCUUAUUCAUGAUCUUGUUUUGCACAUUCAUGAAAAUGAGCCAGAUAUUGAAAAGAGCAUUUUAGUUUUUCUUCCAACAUACCAGUCAUUGGAGCAGCAAUGGUUCCGUCUAAAGUCCUUUAGUUCAAUCUUCAAAGUUCACAUUCUGCACCGCAGCAUUGACACCGAACAAGCUCUCAUGGCCAUGAAAAUAUGGAAAUCUCACCGUAAGGUUAUACUAGCCACAAAUAUUGCAGAAUCAUCAGUCACAAUACCUGGAGUAGCCUUUGUGAUUGACUCAUGCAGAUCUUUACAAAUCUUUUGGGACAACAUUAGGAGAAGGGAUUCUGCAGAGCUUGUCUGGGUGUCCAAAUCACAGGCUGAGCAGAGGAAAGGGCGGACAGGUCGGACGUGUGACGGUCAGAUUUAUCGAUUGGUUACUCGUUCGUUCUUCAAUAAGUUGAAUGAGUUUGAACGUCCAGCUAUCUUGAGAUUGUCAUUGAGGCAACAAGUGCUUAUGAUUUGUUGUGCUGAAUCCAAAGCUAUUAAUGAUCCCAAAGUCUUGUUGCAGAAAGCUCUUGAUCCGCCAGAUUCUGAAGUUGUUGAAGACGCACUAAGUUUGCUUGUUCACAUCAAUGCAUUGGAAAGAUCAUACUCUCAUAGAGUUCGGCAUGAGCCAACAUUUUAUGGACAGCUGCUCUCCAGUUUGUGUUUGUCUUUUGAUGCAUCUGUCCUCAUACUCAAGUUUGGAGAUAUUGGACUGCUCCGAGAUGGCAUUCUGAUUGGCAUAAUGAUGGACACACAGCCUCUUCCCAUUCAUCAUCCUUUCGGGCAGGAAGAUUUGUUUUCUGCGUAUGUAGACAACUACUUUGAUGGGAAUAGUGACAACAUGGUCCUUGGGAAAAAGGAAGUUGUCUUCAUGGGGAACCUCUGUGCAUAUGAGUUUUGGCAACGUGUUUUCAAGGAUAAACAUCGUCUUCUACGGCUGAAGCAACUUAUAAAGUUUGAUGAGCCAAAAGCCACUCAAAUUCAGGUCCCUAAGCUCGAGGAGGAAUGGUGCUCUUUCCACAAUCUUGUGCGGUCAUCUCUACAACAUAUCUCAGAAAUAUACGAAGAUGUAUUGAACUCAAUGCACCGGUUCCGCCCCAAAUUUCUGUCUACAUCUAAUGGACUACCUUCUUAUUAUGAUCCCUAUGAAUUUGAACACACAUGCCUCAUUCAGUCUCAUUCAAAUGGAGACACAGAUGAAUUGGCUACUGGUGAUGAACAUACUGAUUCAACUAUUGAAACAAGGAACUGCAUUGCUGUACCAUUUGUUUCUCCCAAACAAUUUCAAGCUGAAGCUGUUGCUGAAAAGCUGGUGGAAAGUAUCAAAGAGAUACGAGUUAACCAUUCAGAAGACACUUCAGUGGAUAUGUUUAAACAUUUGGAUGAUGUGGGCUCUUCUGUCAUUAGUCAAGCUUCUCUAUGCAAAUUCUUCAUCAAUGGAUCAUGCAACAAAGGCAGCCAAUGUUCCUUCUCCCAUUCCCUACAAGCCAAAAGGCCUACAUGCAAGUUUUUCUUAUCCUUUCAGGGAUGUCGUAAUGGGAAUUCAUGUUUCUUUUCUCAUGACCUCGGCUCUUCCAUUUCAUCAUUUAGCAGUCCGAGUUUAUGUUUGCCUGAAGAUGAAAUCGCUGAUGCCACUUUGCUUCUGCGUCUUUUACCCACAGCUCCUGAUGAAUGCAUUCUUAUCUUGGAUGAUACCGAUUUUCAUUUCUCCUCCAAUCUAUCUCUCCACUGUGGUUCAAGCACGAUAAUUUGCACAACAUGUCUGCCUUACACCUCCAUAUUUGAUCCCUCACUGGAAAAUAUCAGAAUACUGUGGGGCCUGAGUCAUCCGUAUCAUACUAUAAUCUCAGAGGCUACUGAGAACCCCAUCCCAUGGGAAGAAGUGCAGUGUGUAAUGUGGUUUGCUAAUUUUUCUGUCAACAGUGACGACUUGGAAGGACAGAAGGGCCUUUUGCAGAGGUUUUUUGAAUAUCUUUCUGUUAGGAUUUUGGCAGACACCUUGUAUGGACUGCGGGUGGUCCUUACAAUGAACAGCAUGAGAUUUUCACAUCUACAGGUGGAAAAGUUAGCAAGGGAUUGCUUCUUUUUCUUGACGGAGUCAUUCCCAUUUGAUACAUCAAGCUUUGGGGAGUUCUCAGACACAUUUGCAUCUAAGAAUCCAAUUAUGGUAUCAAGACCUGUCUCAUAUGUUUUUGAUCUUUACCCACCCACUGACAUCCAAUUUGGAGAUUAUGCAACCGCUCUAAGUAAGUGUCUACACAAUAAUUGUAAACCAGUUUGA